UGGAGGUUCAGUGUUGUGGUGCUGGCACACUGUGUCUGUACCAUAGAGGUACUGUGCUCUGCUGUCGGGGCAUUGUGGAUGCACCUUGGCAUUGUGAGGCAGUAGCAGCAUGGCUCCAUGUCCCACAGGACAUGAGGCACUGGUGCUGGACUGCUUCAGGCAUGAGGCAAUGGUACUGCAGCUGUAGAUGAAGUGGCUGCAGGAGGAGAAGCGCUGCAUCCAGCAGCCAUGGGUGUCAUGGGCACUGUGGUUGUGCUGUCCCUGCCCUCAGUGGCCAGCUAGGUGUCAGGCACUGUCAGCAAAGUGCUGCAGCAUGCUGGAGCUCUUAUCCCCACCAGCAGUCCCUGCAGUGAAUCCACCAAUAUGGUACAGGUCAUGUGACUUCAGUGAAUUAAGCCGUAUUCCGGGAAUUAGUAUUCCAGGAAAGGAAGAGAAAAAAGGGAAAAUCAAAGACACAGGAUGUGGAGGGUGGGGAGGAGCGAGACCUGGCUUCACUAUAUAUUGCAGUUUCCAGUCUGUGAUCACAGCAGGCAGCAGCACAACCAUGGACGCUCCGAUGCUCCCGAUGCCGGCUCCCCUCUGCCUGGUGACCAACAAGGACAGCGUGCUGUCCCUCGACCGCAGGGCGCUGGCAGUGCUGCGCAGUGUCACCCAGCCCCUGGUGGUGGUGGCCAUCGCUGGGCUGUACCGCACUGGGAAGUCCUACCUGAUGAAUCAGCUGGCGCAGAAACGCACUGGUGAGCAGAGGGGGAAACCCCAUGCGUUUGGAGGGGCAUCUUGUGGGAUUUCUGACAGCUCACUGCCCACAGGCUUCCCGCUGGGCCCCACGGUGCAUGCGGAGACCAAGGGCAUCUGGAUGUGGUGCCUGCCCCACCCGCGCCGGCAGGGAGUGACCUUGGUGCUGCUGGACACCGAGGGGUUGGGAGACCCCAAAAAGGAUGACGAUGACAGCGACGCCUGGAUCUUCACGCUGGCGGUGUUGCUCUCCAGCACCCUGGUGUACAACAGCAUUGGCACCAUUGACCAGCGGGCACUGGAGCAGCUGCGGCUGGUAACGGAGCUGACAGAGCACAUCCGUGUGCGGGAGGAGAACGACAACCCAACAUCCAACUUUGUCCGCGUCUUCCCGUGCUUCGUCUGGACCGUGCGUGACUUCACACUGCAGCUGCGGGCCCUGAGUGAGGAUGAGUACCUGGAUGACAUACUGCGACUGCAGACCGGGGAUGGGAAGAAGGCCAAGGAGCGCAAUGAGCUGCGGAGCUGCCUGCGCAACUUCUUUCCCCGCCGCAAGCUGUUCACGAUGGAGCGGCCGGCAGCUGAUGCAGAUCUGCAGCGGUUGGAGGAGCUGCGGGAGGACGAGCUGCAGCCAGGCUUCCGGAAGCAGGUGGACGCCUUCUGCCGGUACAUCUGGGAGGAGGCGCCGGUGAAGGUGUUGCUGGGUGGGCACCAGGUGACGGGCAGCGUGCUGGCAGGCCUGGCGGAGAAAUACGUGGCGGCCAUCACCAGCGGCGCGGUGCCCUGCGUGGAGAGCGCAGUGACAGCGCUGGCACGGGCCGAGAACAGUGCAGCAGUGGAGGCGGCGGUGGCCGAGUACCAGCGGGGCAUGGAGCACGGCCUGGUGCUGCCCACAGCCUCACGCAGUGCUCUGGUGGCCGUGCAUCGGGACUGCGAGCAACGCGCCAUCACCCUCUUCCUGUCCCGUGCCUUUGCCGACCAUGAACGCCAGUACCAUGCAGAGCUGGUGGGCAAGCUGGAGGCGGCCAAGGACGAGUUCUGCCGGCGCAACGAGGAGGCGUCGGAGCAGCGGUGCCAUGCGGUGCUGCAGGAGCUUUGGAGGGAUGUGGAGCUGCGCCUGCAGAAUGGGGACUACGUGGCGCCUGGUGGUGCACAGCUGUUCAAGGAGGACCUGAACCGCGUGCUGGAGGAGUACAAGCGGCGGCCCGACAAGGGUGUCAGGGCGGAGGCGGUGCUGGAGGUGUUCCUGCGGGAGCGCGAGGGGCUGGCACAGGUGUUGAAGGCCACUGAGGUGCAGCUGGAGCUGGCGGAGCGGCAGCGGGAGGCAGCAGCGGCCGAGGCAGAGGCGGCCCAGAAGGCGGCAGAGGCAUGGCUGGAGGAGCAGCGGCGCACCAUGGAGGAGCACAAACGUCAGCUGGAGCAACAGUUGAAGGAGGAGCAGCGUGCGUGGCUGGAAGAGCAGUGGCGCGUAUUGGAGCACCACAAGAAGGAGUAUGAAGCACUGGUGCAGGAGGGCUUCAAGCGUGAGGCAGCAGCCAUGCAGGAGCUGAUCACACAGCUGGAGGAGGAGAAGAAGAACAGGAAGCGGGACACCCGGAUUAGCUCAGCUCUGAGCAUUUUGGCUGCAUUCCUGCCUGGUGCGGCAGGAAAACUUUUUAAUAAACUGCGGCCCAUGUGAUGUGGACUGUCCCCCAGCAGCUGUCCCUGCAAUAAAUCCAGUUGCACUGCCCAGGGUCUUGUCAUUUCAGGGAAGCGUGGGGCUUAAUUCCAGGAAAGCAAAGGCAGCAGAGGCAGAGGGUGGACUAUUGGG